UCUCUCUACCAAAGAAAUUCUACUCCUCCAAAAUCUCUCGUUUUCCUAAAUAUCUGAUUUUCUGCAUUUUUCUUUUACCUAUUUUUGGUACCCCUUUCAGAAAGACAUGUUGGCAAUGGAAGAAAUAAUGUGUGAACUGAAUAGAGAGGACAUGAAUGAACAAGGCCUUCCACCAGGUUUUAGGUUUCAUCCUACUGAUGAAGAGCUUAUCACUUUCUACUUAGCCUCCAAGGUUUUCAACGGCACCUUUUGUGGUAUUCAAAUUGCUGAAGUUGAUCUCAACAGAUGCGAGCCCUGGGAACUUCCGGAAAUGGCAAAGAUGGGGGAGAGAGAGUGGUACUUUUUUAGCUUGAGGGACAGAAAAUACCCAACCGGGUUAAGAACAAACCGGGCAACAGGAGCGGGUUACUGGAAAGCAACAGGGAAAGACCGGGAAGUGUACAGUGCAACAAAUGGAGCACUCCUUGGGAUGAAGAAAACACUUGUUUUUUACAAAGGAAGAGCUCCAAGGGGUGAGAAAACUAAGUGGGUCAUGCAUGAAUAUCGUCUUGAUGGUGAUUUUUCUUACCGUUACUCUUCUAAGGAGGAAUGGGUGAUAUGCAGAAUACUUCACAAAGUAGGGGAAAAGAAAAAUCCAACAUAUCAAGCUGCUGGACAAAACUAUGGUUACCCCACUUUAGAAACAUGGUCAUCAGCAUCCUCAACUUUUCAUAACACAGCACUGAAUUCGCCUUUAGUUGAAAUAACACCAAAUCCAAAAACAGCCACAACAUUAUGGCAGCAAGAAUCAUUGCAAAUAUCACAAAACUCAGUGCAAUCACUGCACAACCUAUAUCUAUUUCACCACCAUGAAAACGACCUCAUGAAAUCCCUCUUUAUGAAUCCCCCCAUUAAUAAUAAUAAUGUUUCCCAAACAAAACUCUUCCCAAUGAAUAAUGGUACUACUGCCUUCUCCUCCACCAUAAAUUCUGCAGCUACUACCAAAAGAUAUGAAGAUGACAAACAAAAAUUACUAGACACAAACAAAAACUCGUCACCAUCAAAGAAAAUUUGUGCUUCUUCAAAGAAAAAUGAAACAUUAUUGAAAACAGAAGGCUAUUUUUCUCCAUAUGAUCAAAACCCUAUGCCUAAUGCUUUUGGGAUGAAUUCGGAUUGGAGUUUAGUGGGCAUAGAAGGAAUGAUGGCUUGUAAUAGUCAGUUGGAUCAUCACAUGGAUUGUCCCAUCAUAGUUGCUGCAGAAUCUUGGCCUCUCGAUCUCUAAAAAAAGGAAGAUUUGUUUAUCAUAAUUACGUACUACAGUAGGAUGAUAUAGUAAUUAUUAUAUGACUAGCUAGUGUUAUGUCAUCCUCUAUAUAUAAACAGCUACUAUCUAGCUAGCUAGGAUUAAUAUGUAAUGUCUAUGUAAUUAAUUCAGGAUGCUCUAUUCUGAAACAUAUAUGUUGCUUGCUCCUUAAGGAUUAUUUAUGUAAGAUAUCUUCCUUCAUGGUUCGAGGAUAAUAAACUAGCC